UAUCCGUAUUGUUUGUCCACAUUGGUUAGAAUGUGCGCAAUGUUGUCUAGCGCCUGUUCUGUUGCAUCGUUUUUAUAAAGAGCUAGCCUGUUGUUAGCCAGCUCGCUAACGUCAAUUUAUUGCUGUUACAAGCGAAUCGAAUAAAAAGUAAGGGUGACAAGCAUUUUGCUGUGCGGUGGUUGUGCUUUCGCUUUUGAUUCGAACGUGAUGGGCACAUUUCAGUGGUAUCAUUUUUGUUGAUGUGGAUUUACUUUCUGUUUAAGCUCCCCCUCCUCUCCUCCUCCUCUCCAGCGGAAGAAUAUCCCUUUUCUUGUCAAUGUGGUGAUACGGUCCUUUUACUCGUGGCAUUCAGUGAUGACGACUUGUUCGCGCAAUGUUGUGGCACUGUGUGUGUGUCGCGGCAUAGAGCGCCAUCUAGCGGCACAUGUUGUAUAUGUAAGAGAAACAUCGAUGAUAAUGAAUGUCUAAAAUCCAACAACUCUGGUUCUCUCAAUUAUGUAUUUGUAUAUGUCAAGGCGUUUGAGUAUUUAUUUGAUGUACCUGAUAUCCGACUUCGAUGUACGAGCACACUAUUUGUCCUUACUUGUCAGCAAGGGCAUAUUAGUCAUUUGGGGGCCCAUGUUUAACCCAAUUCAGGGGACCGUCCCCCUUCAUGUACCACAAAUAUUUUAAAGUUUAAUGUUUACCAUUGACUAAAGUAAGAAUUUGAGAAUGUUAAAGUACUGUACUUCGAAUCCAUCUUGAACAUUUUUUAUCCAACAAAUGAAUAAUGUCAAUGAUUUUACUGAAUUUGAACAUAUCUGAACAAUAUUUAAUAUUGUUUAUCCAUUAAUGCUCACAUCUUCGUGGUCAAAAACCAUCACUUUUGUCUCUCUCCAUUUCAUCUCUACUUCAUCCCCCACAGCAAAGCUAAGUGACAAUAAAAUGAAUGACAUAAAAACUACUGCAGUUGGGUGGAGUGUCUUUAAAAGAAACCCCAAAUUUUAUCAUUUCAUAAUUAUAAUAUUGUGGUACUUAAUUAUGAAAUCUUUGCCUAAUUAUGCUUCAUGAUACCACCGCAAAAUUAAUAUCCACCCUAAUGCGGUGAUACCACUGUGUUAUUAAAACCUAUCUGGACCGUAGUGUGAGUUCCUCAGAAUGUUGUACAAAUGAUCAUUUAAAAAUGUACACACUUUGAGAAUGAUAGAAAUAAACUGUUGCAUAUUGAUAUUUUAGUGUUUCCCAAUUACUGUGAGAAAACGGGAUCAAAGAUUUCGCAAAUGCAUCUAAUUAAUUUUUGCUUAUUAUUAUUUAACGUAAUUUGAACAUUUUUGUUAUUUCAGAAGAGUGUAUCAAAUUUCGACCCCAUUUGCAUUAAUCAGUGCCUCAGAAGUAGAUCUGUUUGCAAAAGGUUGGUACACCCUGCGCUAAUGUAAAAUAGUAGAUGUGGUCAUUGUUUCCCAAUUGAAUUUAGCUUUCCUUUGUCAUCAAAUGUCAGAUUACUUUUUAGACAAACCACAGCAGUUGUAGUAGUCAUACUUCUCUUGAAUUUGUAUCUCUCUCUUGAUGAGAUUAAAUGCAUUGUCUACUACACAUUUAGGAACAUGAGUUUUAUUUCAUCCGGAAUGCCCCGGCAUAUUUAACGCAUAUUUAGUGGACGCGUUUGUGUUCUGCCUGCCCGACUAGCUUAAGUGCUAACACUUCCGUGUUGGCUCUACGUAUCCCGCAAUGCACUGCAGCGCCCUUUACGCGAUAGAUCAGCUGAGCUCGAGCGUCGCCGCAGUAAGCACGCGCCCGUUAGCGGCGUGUGCGCGCCCGUAGUCGGAGCUGCUGCGUGGCGGCUCAGACAAUCCCAGUUCAUAAAAACGGAGCCCGCCAUUGAUAAUAUACCGUUUUAUUUUUAUCACCACCGCAAGGAUGUGACGCUCUAUAUGAAUUAUUUUUUAUUUAUUUUUUUUUAAAUUUUAUUUUAUUGCCUCUCUGAAUCGACGGUCUGGAAACAUAAAUCAUUUCCCCCCUGAAGCGCGCGGACGGGAAACAUCCUGGGGGUGUGGAAGGGGAUUCUACCUCUUUUUUUUUCAUUCCCUGCGUGUGGACUAUAAUAUGUCCAGGCGAAAACAGACCAACCCCUUCAAAGUUGAUUGGCCAUUCCACACUUCCGGCAUCACGGGAUUUCAGCAUACGAUUAACAUGGACGGCAGGGACGAGUUCACCGAAGACAGUGAGUGCUGCAGCAACAACUCGCAGGAAGUCGUCGGACACGAGAGCGCCACAGAAGACAGCGAAAGCGACCCGGACUCCUCGUCCAACGCCUCGGCCGAUGACCACAUGACUGCCAAGAGGGCGCCGUGCCGCCUGCAAGGAGCAGGAGUCAAAGAGGAGCACGAAGAAGGCUCAGACCACAGCACAAACUUUGUAUGUCCACUGUGCACGCUGGACUUCAGCAGCCCAGAGAAGCUCAUCUCCCAUGUCUACCAGCACACAAGCAUGAUGAGCAGCACCAAGAGCUACGUGUGUCCAGUCUGUGGGCGAGCGCUGAGUUCACCCGGCUCGCUCGGACGCCAUCUUCUCAUCCACUCAGAGGACCGUCUCUCAAACUGUGCCGUGUGCGGCGCACACUUCACCGACACCGACAACUUCAACAGGGAGAAGCUCAAGGAUGUCCUGGACAUGACCAGGGUGGAGGUCCCCGGCGGAAGUGACACUUGUCCCCUGACCCACUCGCUUUCCAGCACUCCCAUGGCCAGUCCAGGACCGGGGCCUCAUUCCUGUCAUGGGCCCAGCCUCAGUCCCAGUUCCUGCCAGGGCCCUCAGUCAUGUCAAGUCCACGACCCCAGCAGCAGCCUAUGUCAAGCCAAUCAAGCAUGCCACAUGUCCGGACCGUGUCAAGGACCCGCGAGCCAAGGAGCCUCGUUUCCCUCGCUACCCGACAGUUUGUUAUCCGAAGGGCCGUCGCUGGCGUCCAUCCCUGAUGCCCUCACUUCCUCCUCCUCAGGUCUUCCUCCUAUCCCAGACAUCCUGAGUCCGAUGCCCGUGUAUCCGGCCGGGGUGCUCCUGGUGUGCAACAGUUGCGUGGCCUACCAGCAGCUGGUGGAGUCCCAGUCCCCCGUGCGAAAAUGGGCCUUGCGCCGCAAAAACGAGCCCCUGGAGUCUCGCCUGCACCGGCUGGAGCGUGAGCGCACGGCCAAGAAGAACAAGCGCGCUUGCGAAACAGACGAGGAGCGCGAGCUGCGGCGCCUGCGAGAUCGCGAGGCCAAGCGCAUGCAGAGGAUGCAGGAGUCGGAGGAGCAGCGGGCGCGCCGCCUGCAGCGGGACCGCGACGCCAUGCGCCUCAAGAGGGCCAACGAGACGCCUGAGAAACGGCAGGCUAGGCUCGUCCGCGAGCGCGAGGCUAAGAGGAUCAAGCGCCGGCUGGAAAAGAUCGACCCCGCCCUCAGGACGCAGAUCGAGCACGAUCCGGCCGCCAUGGCCGCACUCACGGCCGACAUGAAUCUUUUUCAGUUCCCCUGCCCCGUGCCCGUCCCUUCCAUGGGCAAUGGACUCUUCAUGAAGCUGCCCUAAGAGGACUGCAGAUGUGACAAACACUUUAAAUCAGGGGUGUCCAAACUUCCAAGUGCCAUAUACAGAAAAAUAAAAAACUUAAAUACCGUUCCCCAUGAAGUCCUUUUAAAGGUGAAACUUUGAUGCCUUCUAAAGGUGACACAACAGAAGGCUGCUGUGAGCAAUCCUUUCAAAUUUGAAUGAUUCAAAAAAACUCACUAGGUCUUCAAAAUUGUGAAAAACUAAGCGGUUGUCCACAUCUUCUAUACAUGUUUUGUUGCAAAAACAUAUCCACACACAUAUCCCAUAAACAACUAGCAAGAACAGCUACAUUUUACACUUGUAAAAGUACCUGAAAUACAAACUAAAAUAUCCUUCAUUUUUAUAUAUGUAUACAUAUAUAGGCCGAAAUGACCUUGGGCCACAGUUUGGACACCUCUGCUCUAAUUUAUUCCAAGUGUUGUGAAUGUUCCAGAUAUGGACAACCACCUUCAAGCAUGUUGUAAAGAGAUUGAACCUGUUUAUUCUACUUCCUUAAGAGGAGACAGAACGUUUUGCACGCGGACCCCUCAGUGGUGGGAGUGGGAGGGGUUGGGGGACCUCUUUGCCCUGCCCUCACUGUUCAAGUUCCAGUUCGGUUCCGCUUCCUGGACACAUUCUACCUCAGCCCCCCCUUUGACUGAUGGCGCCUCUUUUUCUACUGCCUCUACUAAACGGGACCAAAACACAUCCUUGAGAAACCUUGCUUCUCUUCUUCCCACUCCACUACGGCAGCAAAGAGGUGGUAAAUUUCCAGGCAAUGUUGCUGGCAAUUUAGGGUGGGAAAUUUGGAAACUUUUCAUGGGAAUUGAGGCAAGUGCACUGUCUCAGAAAGAACUGGGAAUUACGGUAAUGCAUGCAGAGAUAACAGUGGAGUUUAUUCUGUGAUCACGGUGAUGACUCACCAGGGGGCAGUAUAAUUUGUACAUCCAGACUUAAAUGAAGAAAAUUGUCACGAGUCGUUGCAAAGCAGACAGCUCUCAUAGUAGGAAUGUGAGGGCAUUACUGAACAGUGAACCCAGGCGUAUUCGCGGUUCAGCCUUCACAGUUUUUAAAAUUAAAGAAAAAAUUACCUACCGUAUUUAUUUGCUCAUAUUCAUCGUUUUUGUGCUCAGGCCAAAGCCAUGCCUCAAAAAUAUACGUUGCUUUGGCGCCAUCUGCUGGCACCUUGGUGCCAAGCGUGUUGAACUGCAGGGAGGAGCUUCAUGCUAUUUUGUGGCAUAAAUUACUCGUUUUUUUAAUUUUCGAAAGGCAUGAUGUCCAUUUUCGUUGCAGGUUCAGUCCCAUGGAAAGUUUCCAACUUUGCAAAAUUUUGCAAGCCAACACACCACACAACCUUUGCUAUUUCCUCCUUGCAUCUCUGCUGCUGGUUCUCAGCAGAUGUGACCUCUCUACAGGACUGACUUACAGAUGCAUCGCCAUCCAUUGGAGUAGAGCUGGAAUCUUGAUCAACUUCAGCAAUUCGGUUCAAAGUAUCAAACACAUAAACAGUAUUAUAUAAACUAACCAGUGGAAUCGUUCAUGAUUUUACAUGUAUUAGAAUUUUGACGAUGAGAGUUUACAUACGGCAGCAUAGUGUGCUAGUGGUUAGCUUGUCUGCCUCACAAGGCUGAAUUUCUCGGUUAUCCAGGACACUAAAUUGUCCAUAUGUGUGAAUGUGUUUCUUUUUGAAUUUCAGUUUUGAAUUGAUUUACUGAAAUAAAUGAACUUUUCUAUAA